UUACAUACUCUCUGUAAGUCCCGCCUCAUCAUUGUAGAGACCAAUGAAUACUUGUGAAUCGCGAAGUGCGAACCAAUGAAAACGCAAAUCAUUCCAGGGCCCGAAAACAACUAUAUGGUGGAGGAAAACAUGGCGGAAUAUAAGAAUGUCCAGAAAGGAGCCUUAAAACUGAAAGGAGUUGGGGAUAUUUCGUCCGGGAAAAAGAAGAAGAAGAAGGACAAAGAAAGAAAGCAUCUGGAGCAGCAAAUAAUGACGACCGAGAACGAAGAGCCUAAAAAAAGUUACGUCGACAAAAGGACUCCAGCUCAACUGGCGUUUGAUAAAAUGCAGGAAAAAAGGCAAAUGGAACGGAUUUUGAACAAAGCUUCAAAAACUCACAAGCGAAGAGUUGAGGAUUUCAACCGCCACUUGGACACCCUGACAGAACAUUAUGAUAUUCCAAAAGUCAGCUGGACCAAAUAAAAAGGAAAAAUUGUCAGUCUUGCAUUUU